CCUGCUUAAAGGUCAUUUUCAAAAUAUACAUUUAAUCAAACGAGACUCAUUGGGCUGUAUAUUCUAAAUUAUUGAAUGUGCCUAAAACUGGACGCUACACUAACUAAGAAAAGAAAGGAGACCAUCGUGUAAUACCCCUCCGAUCCACAGAGUGUCAGUGAUGAGAUCUAUAUUCUUCUGUAGAAGAAUAUCGAUAGUGUUUAUUAUUUAGUCCUGAUUCUGGAUCAGUUGCAGCUGACUGUUCUCUCGGUCCUUCUCCUGCUAUUGGCUUCCUCCGUUACCGACGCUGACUGGAGAUCAGCUGUCUGUCCAAUGAGAGCGCUUUGACGGGAGCAAAGCGGGACUGAAAAUGUCUGAAGCGCUAACGUCCCUCAGCUCCAAACCAGGGAGCGGAAACCAGCGGGAUGUCGAGCCGCAGAACCCCCCAAAUUCACAUUAUGCUGAAAAAGUCUCGUUGCUGGAUAGAGACGUUCAGAACAGCAAACACGACGACGACGCCGAGGAAGCAGGAAGGAUCCGUGCGGUUCCAAUCCACCGCCGCCCGGAUCUGCUGGUACCAUGUGCGGAUCUGGUCAACUCCGAGUGGCGGAGGAGUCAGGCAGCCCGGGUCCACUCCCUCCAGAAGUCCUGCUCGGAGGGGGAAGGGCUACGGUCGGGUUCUGAUGGAGGAGACGGAGCUCUACGCUAAACGCAGAGGCUUCAAGCGUCUGUGCCUGACCACCCAUGACAAGCAGCACUUCUACGCCCAUCUCGGCUACGUCCUGUCCACGCCGGUGCAGAGCACCAGUACUGUGAUGGCGCUCCUCCCUAUGGGGAUGCUCAUGAGACUUUCCAGAGCUCCAGACGCGAAAGCAAACCCAAUGAAACAAACUCCAACAAGAAUGGAAGACUUAGAACGUAGUUGUGCUGAUGGGUCACCUUCACCUUCUUGUUUAAAUAAUCCUCUUCCCUCCGUACCUCCACCACCUCCUCCUCUUCCCUAAACCAUCUUGAAAGAAACCAAUGUGUAAUCUCUAAUGAUACCAAUGCUGUCAACUUUUUAUGCAGUGACCUUUUUGUGAAGAAAACAGAUCUUUGUCACUUUGUCCUUGGCUUCUCUCUGAUGCUCUUGUCUCUUCAGCUCAUUCCACAAGUUUUCUAUGGCUUUAGUCCAGGAGGUUGAGGUGGAAGAAGCUUGAUUUGGUGUCCGGUCAUACAGCCAUCAUGUCAUACAGCCAUUCUCGGAGAGGGCUAUAUGUGUUAUUGUAUGGUUAAUGCGGAAGUAUUAAAAUAUUGAGAGGUGCUUUCCAACCUAAAUAGGGAUCUUUUCUGAUAAUUGUCAUGUCUUGUUUUUGGUUUUCAAUGUUAUUUUGUGUUUUCCAUCUAAAAACUACCCAAUAAACUGAACUUUUAGCCUAUGUUUUUAUCAUAACAGCUACUGAGCUGCCCUGUGAAAACCUUAUUUAACUUCGCUGGUUGAUAUGGCGUAUUAUAAAGUCUACAUUUUAAUGUUUAGGUUUGAUUUUUUUUUU